CCUUUCUCUCCCCAAAUAUCGGUUCCCUUAAAAAAAUAAAAGAACCCCGGACUGAGAGCCCAACUUACUCACCCGACCCAAUCCCACCGGCCCUUUUUUCCAAAGACAUAUAUGCUUCCAUAUUCACCCGACUGAAUCUAAAACCCUAGAAGACUCCCCAUCUCCUGGCCAGGGUGUAGCAACUCGAUUGGUUAUGGCGUGCACGAUUGAUUUCCGGCGCCUUGACGAAGGCUUCGGCGGCAAGACCUACAAGCGAAAGCGAGAGGAAUCCAUGAAUCAGAACAAUGAAGCGUCAGCAUCCAUGGAGAUCGACGAGGAUGACAUGUGUCAACCAGCAGCGAAGAAAUCUGCAGUCGCGUCGGCGGAGGACCCGGACAAGCCGAUCUUCGGGAAGCCUACGUACGACGGAGUAAUAGCCGGGAAGGCGUCGGGGCGAAAGUGGAAGCAGGCCAGGAAGCAAAGGGCCUCCGCGGUUAAGGUGAGCCGGAAGGGCACGAGCUUUGAGGAGAGGAAGACGCAGAAGGAGAUAAAGAGGGCGUACAAGGAGAGGAUGACGGAGCUGAAGGAGGCGAUAAGGGCGAAUAAGGUGGAGAAGAGGAAGCAGAGGGAGGAGCGGGAAAAGAGGAAGCAGGAGAACAUUCUGAGGUCCGGUACGAAGCUGCAGAAGAUCACAAAUCCCAAGACCUUGAAGAAGAUCGCCAAGUCCAAGCAGAAGAAGCUCCUCAAGGUUGUUCCUGAUGAUCUGCUCAACAAAAGGAAGUAAUUGUGAAAGAUCGGUCUAUUGCUUUUUAUUGUUUUCUGUAUUUUUGGUUUGGCGUUCUCUCUUUGUAUGCUUCUUAAUUGACAGUUAAAUGCGAAAAUUAUGGAUUUUUCUUUUUGGGGGAGAA